GUAAAAAAAAAUAAAUUUAACUUAAAAAAAAACACUGCAAAGGAUUAAGUUGUAUUGUUUUAUACGUAUUUUUUUUCUAUUGGCCACACAGUAGCUGUACAAAUUAGCUGUCAACUGCAAAAACGGCAAAAAAGCUUGCCCGUAUUUUGGGUCAAUUUGCUUGCUGUUGAUGCCACGACAAAACAAUACAAAAUAUGAAUAAUCGUGUACGCAUUGUUGUGGUUGGCGAUUCAGGAGUCGGCAAGACCUGCUUAACGCAUUUGAUUGCGCACAAUGAAUCGCUGAUAAGGCCGGGAUGGACUGUUGGCUGCAAUAUUCAGGUGAAGAUUCACGAGUUCAAGGAGGGCACCGUCCGCCAAUGUCCCUACUUUAUUGAGUUGUUCGACAUUGGUGGUUCGCUGAGCCACAAGAAUACGCGAAGUGUCUUCUAUUCGGGUAUACACGGUGUGAUAUUGGUACACGAUCUGACCAAUGGCAAGUCACAGGAGCAGCUGCUCGACUGGCUCUACGAGAUUGUGAACAAGGAGGGCAAGGAUACGUACAAAAGUCGCGGCACCUCAAUGCCGCCAUCGCCACUCCCUAACUAUCCAACGGAUGCACAUAUGCGUUUCGAUCUCGAGGAAUUUCUUGGCGCCACACAAAUUCCCAUACUUGUUAUGGGCACCAAACUGGAUCUAAUCGAUGAGAAACGUCACCCCAAGACGGCUGUCAAGAAAUCUGGUGGCAUAGCGGACAAAUGUGGUGCCGAGGAAAUCUGGCUUAAUUGUCGGGACACACGCAGUCUGGCUGCUGGAACAACCGAUGCUGUCAAGUUGUCCCGCUUCUUCGACUGUGUCAUCGAGAAGCGGGAAAGUUGCGGCUCUGCCACACAUAUUGUGGGUUCCAGUGCGACCGACAGACGGCGACCGGUCACCAGCUCACAGCCCACAAGUCCAGAGUAUUCGAUCUAUUCCAAAAUGGGAACCGACAGCUUUGUACCCCUGCUGGAAACAAGCGAUCUUAAGUGAUACAAAUCCAUGUAAACAUUAGGUCUUAAUUUCUAUAUUUUAAGUAUAAUUAUACACUAUUUGCC